UUUAUUUUGCGUAAGGACUUGGGUAAUUUUGUGGUAGUUUAAUGCGGAUUAAUAAAAUAUUUUUGCACAAAUUUAUUUUCAAAUUCGAAGAUAAAGACUAAUUGCUUCAUUUAUUGUUUUCAAAUUUUGAAAUGGAUAAACUAUUUAAAAUAACAUUUUGGCUCUCAGUUUUUCAAAUCAUAGCAAGUAACCGUGUUUUGGAGUUGAGUGAUAGAUUUUUAGAAGUCAGAAAUAAUGGUGUUUGGCUUGUAAUGUUCUAUGCCCCUUGGUGUGGCCACUGUAAAAACUUAGAUCCAAUAUGGAACCAAGUAGCUCAAUCAUUAGUUGAUACUAACAUUAGAGUUGGUAGAUUAGAUUGUACAAGAUUUACAAGUGUUGCUACAGAAUUCUCUGUAUCAGGCUUUCCUACAAUAUUAUUCAUUAAAGGUCACAGAACUGUUGAAUAUCGUGGAGAUCGAGAGAGAUAUGAAAUUGUUGAAUUUGCAAGACGCAUGGAUGGCCCAGCUGUUCGGCAUUUCAUGAGCUGUGAACAAUUUCAAGCUUUGAGGAAAGAUAAGAAAGUCUUUUUUAUCUACAUAAAUGGCAAAAAAUUAGAAGGUGGAGAUCAACUCAAGGAUAAUUUCACAAGAAUAGCUGAAGAGUUUCAGACUGUUGUGAACUUCUACACUGCCCCAACACAAUGCAUUUCUUUAGUUGAUGAAUUAGAAUCACCAAAGGAACCCUCUGUUUUUGUUUGUAAAGAUGGAACUUGUAUCAAGUUUGAAGAAGAAUUAUUAGCAUCUGAUAAUAUAACUUUGCAUGACUGGGUUAAUAAAGAAAGAUUCCCUUCCUUCAUUAAAAUCACCAAUGGUAACUUUCACCAAUUGAUGAAAACUGGAAAAUAUGUUGUAAUGGCUGUUCUAGAAGAAAAUCAGAUUGGUGGCCUUACAUUAAGAAUGUCUGAGACUAGAGACAUAUUAGAAGCUAUUGCAGUGAAUAAUAAAGAACUGUACCAUAAAAACUUUGUAUUUGGAUGGUUGAGCCAACCAGACAUUGCAAACAAUAUUGCAAUAACAACUCUGCCGAUUCCUAGUUUGAUUGUUGUGAAUACUACUUCAUAUCAGUACUAUUUGCCCAAGCUAGAAGCGGAUGAAAAAGUACCUUCACCACAAAGCAUUUUAGAACUUUUAGAUCAAAUCAAAAACAAUAGUGCAGAGGCUUUCGGAGGUGAAACAUUUUUCUACAGAAUGUAUAGAGGUUACUAUGGUGCCAGAACUUCAUUAAUAGGCAUGUGGAAAGGAAAUCCUGUUUUGACAACUGUAUUACUUGGAUUACCUCUUGGUCUCUUCAGUAUUAUUUGCUAUACGAGCUGCUGCUCUGAUAUUUUGGAAGCUACAGAUGAGGAGGAGGAAUCUGAAUACGAUGAAAGACAUCAGAAAAAAGAAUAAGUUUUUCUGUGAUACAUUUUAUGCAGUUUAUUAGAAAAUAUUUAUAUGAUGCUGAUAUUUAUUUUAAUUUGAAACUAUGAACUUGUACAAUGCAUCUGACUGCUAUGAACACUAAAUACCAAUAAUUUGGUAAUAAUGAAAACUUUAUAAAGAGACGUUAGAGUAAGUGCAACUUACUUUUUUACCUGUUUGCAUAUAUAUUUAAUA